AUGUCCACCCAAGUCCUACACUCUCCGGUCUCUGCCAUGUCGAGGCCACAGAUCGGCAUCGACCGCCUGCCGACCCGCCGUGUCUCCAAUGAGCCGCGCGAGGCCAUGAACUGCAAGAGCUGCCGCAAGCGAAAGAUCAAGUGCAAUAGGACACGUCCAACCUGCGAGGCCUGUCAAGUCUUCAACUGCCCUUGUGUCUACGAUGCUGUUCCCAAAAAGAGAGGGCCCAAAACGGACGUGCUUGAAGCUCUCCUUAAGCGCGUAGAUGGGUUGGAGAAGCGUCUACAUUCAGAAGGCAAGAGCGAAAGCGCCAUUGAGGAUGAGCCCCCCGGCCAAGAAGGUGUACUCGAGCGCAAGAAUUCAGCAGCGUCCUCGCAAUCCCGCCCCAUCCUCGAGAUUACUCCGAACACCGCCAAUGCUGCAAAGCAGUUGAUGUCCCCAAUUGAGCCAAGCCUGCAAACUCCCAGCUUGGCCCCGGAUCUUCUACUCGACACCUAUUUUGCCAGGCUCCACGGGAAGCCAUACCAUAUAUUGGACGAGACAACGACCAGGCAACGACUGCAAGCCAAUCAGCUACCCUCCUACUUAGCCUAUGCCAUCUACGCAGUCAGUGCACGAUUCACACCCCAUUUCGGUGGGUACAAUACCGCAGUCAGGGUCAGCGACGAAUAUGCACGCCGAGCGCGCAUGGAGCUCGAUAUUGACGAGCCAUCUAUCGAAGCCCUACAGGCCCUGAUGAUCCUUGCGCAAGCGAACUUCCAAUUGGGCAAGGGCAAGAAAACCUAUAUGUUGCUGACCUCUGCAAUCAGCAUGGCAUUUGCGCUUGACCUCCAUCGUGAAUUGCCACUUGCCCUCAAAGUGUCGCAAGGUGAACGCGAAGGUCGACGACGAUUGUUCUGGUCCUGCUACCUCAUGGACCGCUUCGCAGCCGCAGGUUCCAAGCGGCCAUCGUUGGUCGCGGAUGAAGCCAUCGUUCUUCGCUUGCCAUCAUGGCAGCUGCACCCGGGCGGCAUGCUGCUCGAAGGCGACUAUUUUCCUAAUGGUUCAAAUCUACAAUACAUGGCUGGCGGACGCGCUGGGCAGGGUAGCAUGGGUAUGCUGAUCGGCAUAGCAAAAAUCCUGGGCAUUACGAACCGGUACCUCGCAGCUGGUGGAGUACGAGGCGACUCGCACUUCCCUUGGCAUUCCCUCUCGAACCUCUCCAAGAUCCGACAAGAACUCGACAUUUGGGCUUCGGAAACACAGGACACGUUCACUUCAAUUGACGCCCUUUUUGGCCAACCCGACAGCACGAUCCUGGUUCUUAGCAAACUCGUAUAUCACCUGAUACAUUGCCUGAUCUAUCGCCCCUUUUUACCCGUGGACCUUGCCGAACUCUCUGGAUCUUCGCAACACCAAUCAUGGCAAAUCGAAGCGACGAACUUGUGCUUCCUCCAUGCGAACGCCAUCGCGGAACUAGUCGAAAUUGGCAGGGCUUCUUCCAUUAUCGACUGGCCUGCGUUUGUAGGCUAUUGCGUCUGUACUGCUGGUACGAUCCAUAUUCAUGGAGCACACUAUCGUGGACAGGAGGGUGAAGUGUUCUCCGUCAGUCCUGAGUUCCUGUCGCGAGAAAUGCAUCAAUUGUCCGAACUUCGAUUCGUCUGGGCGAGCGUGCAGCAUCAACGGGAGACUCUACAAAACAUCUAUGGAAGCCACACCGAACUCGUCAAGUCCUUGGCGACCAACCCUAUGCGCUUCUCGUCCGUCUUCCAACUGGAAGACUUUUUCGACCGGUAUCCGGGACACGUCUUUGAUGGUUCGCAUGUUAUCUUCACAGACAUCCCAGUGGAGAUCAUUCACGAAAGCUUGCCAGCAUACAAUGUUGACCAGCGCACUAACGUCUACAUGAACACUGGCAUGGGCAAUCCGAACGUGUACCACCCAUCUCCAACGGUACCGUCCAGCACCACGUAUUCGAAUGGACAUCCUAAUAAGAAACGCCGAUCGAAUACCAUGAGCUCCGCGAAAGUUCUUACGCCAGCUGUUCCUGCUCCACUUUCCACACCGACGUCAUCGACACAUCCUGUGAACUCAGAUGCAAAGCCAGUCAUCGCUGAAAACCGAGCUCCAUCUCCCGCCACUUCAGGGCCGUCUUUUUUGCCACCGCCGCCAGACAACUCCACCAAUGGCACACAAGGCAACAACGCCCCUAUGAACAGUUCCAAUCUUCCGUUCUCGCCCAAUUUCACAUUCUCACCGUUGCCUCCGAUACCCAGCUUAGCGCCAACGCCGACCCCUGGUCAGACACAGGCUCAUCCACCGCCGCCGCAGGCUCAGGAUACGCCGCACAGUGCAUUUGAUCCCAUGCUCAGCAUGCCAACACCAUAUGACCAGCAGCCUACACCUGGAGCUGCGAGUACAUCGGGCGGAUCUGUGCAUACGGAUCCCGACAAAGACCCUUUUCUGAGCCUGCUUGAACAGCUUGCUGAGAAUGAAGUCAGCCGCGGAGGACCGUCGGAGUUGGACUACUUCUUGAGCGGACAGACCGGAUAA